GGCCGGAGGGCUGGUAAGCGUCAAGUGCGCCUUCUCCCUUCCCUCUUGCAUCAGAAAUGUUUUUAGAUCUGUUCUCAAGUUGUCCCCUUCAUCGGAUAUCUGUUUCUGUUGAUUCUCUAUAUCUAGAUCUGUAUGCAAGAUGUAUAUUCUGUAUUUUGUUCGCUACUCGUUGAACUUGCUGAUUCCAGCUAGGUUCACGCUUGAGAUAUUUUUAAAGUAUACAUGAAUGAGGGCAUUGCGGUCUGAAUCAUGUUGUUGCCUGUGUCAGUCCAAUUCGUGGAUUAAAAUAGGGGACUGAACAAGGACACCAUACAAACGUCAUCUUAAAAAUUAUGUUGUGAUGGUAUAUGAACAUUUAAGUAGCUUGCAGAUUUUUGAUAAUAUAAACAACUUCAACGGAUCAGAAAUGCAGGCUGCAUACGUACCUGCUACUACUGAUUCAAUAGCACAGGCCCUGGAGGCUAAAGAUCAUGCAGAGUCUAUUUCCAUUCUCUAUGGUGUUCUUGCAAACCCAUCAUCUUCUUCAGAGGCAUUGCGCAUAAAAGAACAGGCUAUUUCAAAUCUUACAGAUCUUCUCAUCCAAGAAAAGAAGGCUGAGGAUUUGAGAAGUCUUUUGACCCAAUUGAGGCCCUUUUUUUCAUUAAUUCCAAAAGCUAAAACUGCAAAAAUUGUGAGAGGAAUCAUAGAUGCUGUUGCCAAGAUUCCUGGAACCUCUGAUCUACAAAUCUCGCUUUGCAAAGAGAUGGUGGAGUGGACUCGUGCUGAGAAACGCACAUUUCUGAGGCAGCGAGUUGAGGCAAGACUUGCAGCUCUCCUGAUGGAAAACAAAGAAUAUUCUGAGGCUCUAACACUCCUUUCAGGCCUGAUCAAGGAGGUCAGAAGACUGGAUGACAAGCUGCUGCUUGUAGAUAUUGACCUUUUAGAGAGCAAACUUCACUUUUCACUUCGAAACUUGCCAAAAGCAAAAGCUGCUCUGACUGCAGCGAGAACUGCUGCUAACGCUAUCUAUGUUCCACCAGCACAGCAAGGAACCAUAGAUUUACAAAGCGGGAUCCUUCACGCAGAAGAGAAGGACUACAAGACAGCUUACAGCUACUUCUUUGAAGCAUUUGAAGCUUUUAAUUCUCUCGAGGAUCCCCGUGCAGUCUUCAGCCUAAAGUACAUGCUUCUGUGCAAGAUAAUGGUCAGCCAGGCCGAUGAUGUUGCUGGCAUAAUCUCAUCCAAAGCUGGUUUGCAGUACCUGGGCCCUGAUUUGGAUGCGAUGAAAGCUGUUGCAGAUGCACACUCAAAGCGUUCACUGAAACUUUUUGAAACUGCUCUCCGCGAUUACAAGGCCCAGCUCGAGGAGGAUCCGAUUGUUCACAGGCAUCUUUCAUCUUUGUACGAUACUCUUUUGGAGCAGAAUCUUUGCAGGUUGAUUGAACCCUACUCAAAGGCUGAGAUUGCUCAUAUUGCUGAGUUGAUUGAAUUGCCCUUGGAUCAUGUGGAAAAGAAGCUGUCACAGAUGAUACUCGACAAGAAGUUUGCCGGGACUCUGGACCAAGGUGCUGGAUGUCUUAUCAUCUUCGAUGAUCCCAAGACCGAUGCCAUCUUCCCCGGAACACUGGAUACCAUUGCCAACAUCGGCAAAGUCGUAGACAGUCUCUAUGUGAGAUCAGCCCGUAUCAUGGCAUGAGAUCUUCUCUGUCGAAGUUUAGUUACUCGACAUGUUUGGCUAAUCCAUUUGACAUUUCUUACCUCUCCCCAUCAUCUGAUCAAUGUUUUGGUUGCCAAAGGAACAUUGUCCUUAAUUUUUUCUCCACUAUGUUUUCAGUCCUUUUGAGUUUUAUUGUUUAUGAACUGUGUUAUGGCUUUCAUCGCCCGUAUUAUGUAUGCUUGGAUAUGUUUGUA